UGGUCGAAUCACAUUUUAAAUAUCAGCGCGCGACCCUGCGGUCGACAAGAUAGAACCGGUAGAAGCUGUGAGCAGCUUAACCGUUAACUCCUGCUCUUCAUUUUAACUUGGAACCUAAGAGAGGCAGCAGAAUGUCCGAGGAGAAGCCAAAGGAAGGUGUGAAGACGGAGAAUGACCACAUAAACCUCAAGGUAGCUGGUCAAGAUGGGUCAGUCGUACAGUUUAAAAUAAAGAGGCACACACCACUCAGCAAAUUAAUGAAGGCCUACUGCGAAAGACAGGGUUUGUCGAUUCGUCAGAUAAGAUUUAGGUUUGACGGGCAGCCGAUUAAUGAAACAGACACACCUGCACAGCUGGAGAUGGAGGAUGAAGACACUAUUGAUGUAUUUCAACAACAGACGGGAGGCUCGUGCUCCUAAGUCAAUGAGAAAACACCCCUCCCAUUUUAUUAUGUUUGUUUUGACUUGCAUUUUUUCAUUGUGUUAUGCUUAAUGUUAAGACCAUCACAACUUCUACUAAGGAUUUUCUUUUGUUUAAUUAAGCUGACAUGACCUCAUUCAUGUCACACCCACUAAAUCUUUCUUUUCUUGUAGCAAAGACUGGUUGAUUUUAUUGUUGAAAUUUGUUGCAGAAGAGCCUUUGGUUUUGGGAAAGUUGUUGUGGUGUAAUGUCAGAGUUUUAGUCAUUUAAAAGAAAAUCUAAUAAUUUUAAGUGUCCAUAUUUUUACUGUUGCAGAUAAACAUUUUUUCCUUUACCUCACAGUCACACUGCAGACUCAGUAUGGUAACAGUAAGAUGCCAGUGUUUUUGGACCAAAAAUGGUAAAUGCUUUUUUGACGAGUUUGGCUAGUACGAUGGGUGUAAAGUUUCUGUAAAUGGUCUUCUUCCAACUUUUCAGGACCUUUAUAGAUAUUCAGUGAUAACACGUCAUCUAUAGGGUUAUAUAUUUCAAUGUAUAAAUAUGUUGCCAAUCUACAUUUGUCUUAAUAUAUCCAUAUUAUCAACACGUUAGCUUGUUGGACUUUUGUGGGAUGGUCAGUAGAAAAUCUUCUUCAUGCAUCUUCAUUUACGAAGUUAAAAUUCGCCAAGUGUUAUUGGCUGAUCUACUGUUUUUAAAUUGUGCAUUAUUUGUUGUCCCUAUACUGUAUACAAUAAAUAUAGUUUGAUACUCAGAA